AUGGUAGACAGUUCAGAGAGAGAAGAUAAGAGUCAAGUGGUUCGAGUUAACAAUGAUGAUGAUGGUACCGACAGUGAAGCUGCGGAAAUGAUGAAGAAAGUGCCAUCGAUUUCUAAUCUUGCCCAGAAUCUGUUUGGAAGACUUCUAGGAAUAGUAGGAGACAAGUUUGUCAAAACGCAUCCUCAUUCACACUUCGAGUCCUCGGUUCAUAUAAAGAAGAAUGAUAAAUUAAACUUAAAUAUCAAAAAUUCUAAGGAACAACCAGACAAUAUGUCACAAUCAAUAUUUGGGUUGUUCGAUUCUCUAUCAGAGAUCCCUGCUGCGCUUGAUGGCCGUAUAGAUGGGCCUCAUGUUUGUGUGAGGGAAUUGAAUGUUCACUUGGAAAGAACCAAUGGUACUUACAAUAUUACCAAGAGAUGCCAAUGGUUCAGUCAAGCACAGAGAUGCAUUUCACGUCGUCAAACACCGGAGGAAUCUCUAGAGACAACAAGAAUACAGGAGUGUUGUGGAGGCUAUGAAACUGAUGAUAUCAUGAAGGGAUGCUCUAAAAAAGUUACAUUGAAGUCGCUGGAAGAAGUAAUGACCAAAUAUAAUAUCUCUACCUCCGAUAUUGAUGAUAAAGCAGAAAUGAAAACUUACAUAAUCAAUCCAAACUCCGGAAAGGCGCUCGUUAUAGAUGGUAUCAAGUCAGAUUAUGAAAUGAGACCGGAGGAUGAUCUCAGUACAGUCAAUGGACAACUUCUGCUCGUAUCGCAGCCGACUCAUAAUACACCAGUUCAAACUUAUAUUAAUUGUGUUAGACUGAACAAUGUCAACGUCAGGCUCCAAAACAAUCUGCUACAUAUUGCAAACGAUGAUAUAAAGCCAGCUUCUGAGAAUUUACUCAACUUGCUGGAAACUGAUGGACGUUUCACACAGUUCUCCAAAUUAUUGUCCAAUACAUCCAAAGUUUUGUUAUCCUCCAAUGAUGCUGAACUAACUGUUCUUGCUUUUACUGACGAUGUCUUCGCGAAACUACCAGAGAGACUCCAGCAACAAAUCAGUCUGAAGAAAGCUUGUGUCGAUGAUAUUGAUCGUUCUCACAUUUUGCGUUCGUCUAGAUGUGCCCACCAAUUGGAAGAAGCUGUACUCAUUGCUUUGACGGGGCAGAUGUAUCACUUGGAAAAAGCUGAUGGGCUUCUCAGAAUUGGGAACGCUCGUAUAAUUGAGUCGAAUCUAGUUGCCAAGAAUGGAAUAGUUCAUGUUGUAGAUAACCUUCUGAUGAAGGAAGACUUAAUUCCAUGGGAGGAAAAUUUGAAGAGAUACCACCCUGAUUUGAGUGAAAGCUUGCAGCCAUUGAUCAGCAAUAUGGAUGAACCAAUAACCAUAUUUGUGCCACCUCAGAAGAACGAAAGCGAAAGUCUGGACAAUGUUCUUAGCAAUGUGGUAAUUGGGAAGCUGAUAUCCUUAACUGGUAAUUCACCUUUCGCCGUUAAUACAGCUUCAAAUUCUUCGAUAUUUGCUGGACGGUUCCAAUCUACGAGUGCAUUGAGCAUCCGGCUUUCCGCUGGUCAUUAUUCAAGCGCAACACCACCGUUCCAGAUAGGAUGCAGCAAGAUAACUCGAACCAGUGUUUUCUCUUGCAAUUCUGUACUUCACUUCGUUGAUAAGGAAAUUGAUAGCCCUACCCAAACCAUUGACGAAUUCUUGAAUUCACGUGACAAUUUGAAGCUUUUCCAUGAUCUUUACUCAAGCAGCGAAGAGAGUAAGUAUGACCAUUCGAAGCAUAUCAGAACAGUUUUUGCACCUUCGAAUGAUGCUUUUUCGAAAAACGGUUACAGACGUCUUCAGCAAAGCUCAUCCUCUGUUGAAACGUUCAUACGACGUCAUACUGUAGAACGGCCGUUAUGUGACGAUGAUAUGAGACAUAAAAAGAAUGAAAUCCGUGUCGAAAUCAUUUCAAAUAGGAAUGGCGAAGGGCUUCGAGUACAACCACGAAGUGGAGAUUUGUAUGUCGAGGAAGCAAAAAUUGAGGAGUAUCAUGUUCUAAGUGAUGGGAUAGUUUAUGUUGUUGAUUCAUCUAUUAACAAGAGUGAACAACGCUACCAACCUGACUCUUCCAUGCGCUCUGCCACUGAUCUAUUGAACAUAUUUCAUUAA